GGUGGAGGCGCCAGGAGGGCGCGCAGUAGCGGCGCCUCUGAUUCAAGGACUCGAGGGGAGUUCUUUACGUGAAGAGCACGAACUGUGGGUUGUUUAAACCCAUGAACUGCUGAAACGUUGCCAGGGGCUCGGUCCCGUCGGAAAGCAGACGGCCGCUUGUCUUCUUGGUAUUUGAAAAGCAGUAGCCAAUGAGGCGGACUUUGAGAGAUCCGGGCCCCGUCGCCGCCGCUCGUGGAGAUGGGUUCUACUCAGAGCAUCUCAGGCACUCCAGCACGGCCCCCGCCGCACAACAAGCAUCUGGCACGGGUAGCGGACCCUCGUUCACCCAGUGCUGGUAUCCAGCGCACUCCUAUUCAGGUGGAGAGCUCUCCACAGCCAAGCCUACCAACAGAACAGCUGGAUAGUCCCAAACAAGCGCAAGACCCAGACCCCCGCUCUCCUACUCUUGGUAUUGCACGGACGCCCAUGAAGAUAAGUGGUACAGACCCUCAGAGUCCACUGGUGAGAGAGCUGAGUGAAGGGUUUGAGGCCGAAGCCUCCAGAUCCGUUUCCCCACCAAAGCUUGCUCUGCCCCAGCAAACACCUUUAUCUUCUGAACUGGACCUGCCUUUGGAUACUCAGUUAUCCCUUGAGGACCAGUUGCUGCCUUGGAGCCAGACUGAACUCCCCUCCAAACAGGGGUUAACCAUGGAGGAAGCUGAACAAUCCACAGAAACCAUAAUUGCCAGCCAGAACUUGGAGAAGCCCUCAAGAGAUCCUGAGACUCCCCAGUCUUCAGGUUCUAAGCGCACUAGACGGAAAGCAAACAGCAAAGUGCUUGGGAGAUCUCCUCUCACCACCCUGCAGGACGACAACUCCCCUGGGACCCUGACAUUACGACAGGGUAAGCGGCCUUCUCCUCUAAGUGAAAAUGUUAAGGACCUAAAGGAAGGAGUCAUUCUUGGAACUGGAAGAAUUCUGAAAACAGGAGGAGGAGGAGCAUGGGAGCAAAGCCAGGACCAUGACAAGGAGAAUCAGCAUUUUGCUUUGAUGGAGAGCUAGGUCCAUGCUGGGUUCACCCAGGUCCUGGUGAUAGUCUGUGCUCUUCGCCCCGUCCCCAAGGGCACUGAGGAAAGUCUGGUUUUCUGGUUCCUCCCAGGCUACCACCACUGGUACUUGGACAUUUUUUGUUUUGUUUUGUGUGUUCCUUGUAUAGUAAAGGAGAUGAUUUUAAAUAAUGCUUUAAGAAGUUAGCCAAAGCUGCACUGGUCUUCUGUGUGGAGAAUGGCAGCCUGGGGGUCUGUGAACCCAGGUGUCUCUGCUAUCACUUCGGAGCCUCUUCUCUAUGCCUUAAGUUCUGAUGUUCCCCAAGGCUCUGCCUUUGGCCCCUCUCUCCUCUUCCCCUUUUGUUUGGGCUUAGCUAUUACCUGCUUUUGAGAACUUUCAGGUCCCUCCCUCUCUCACCCUAACUUUUAUUCAGCUGCCACAUAAGCACUCAACGUUAGUUCCCUUAAAAUAAAACGUAUGCUC